UCAUAUUCAUGUUCACGUGCUUUUGUGUCAGGCGGAAGAUGGAUCUUGCAGGUGCCCAUGGUUCAACCGUACGCUCAGAAAGAAAGAUUAUUCCGUAUGCAAGCCUUAUUAUAGAUGCAAGUGCUAGAGAUUUUGCAGCUGCAUUUUGGCGUACAUUAGUACCAUUAGGCGAUCGGGUUCUCUUGACGACAAAGGUAGAGUCUCUCUUUGGUGGAUCUAAUCACUGUUUGGUAACUGCGAGUGUACGGAGUGCGUUUGACCUCUACCUCCAAGCCGCAGCGUUUCCACCCGGAUCCGAGAUUCUUGUGACUGCGAUCAAUAUACCACAGAUGAUUCAACUGAUUCGUCACCACAAAUUAAUUGCAGUUCCGGUCGACAUUGACAUUCAAACGCUUGCUCCUCUCGAUGACUUAGAGUCGCUGGUGACUUCAAAGACGGUGGCCAUCUUGGUCGCUCACAUAUUUGGCCAUUGGAUUGAUAUAUCAGCAGUAGUAGAUACUGCUAAGAAGUAUGGACUGGUUGUGUUGGAAGACUGUGCUCAAUCGUUUGUUGGGCUGGAGGAGCGUGGUCAUCCAUCUGCUGUUGUGUCGUUUUUCUCAUUUGGUGCUAUUAAGAAAUGCACGGGAUUUGGUGGUGCCGUGGGCGUGGUUCGAGAUACGGACAUUCUGAAAAAAAUGAGAGAAAUUCAGUCAAGCUAUCCCGUUCUCAGUAGACGGUCGUUUCUGUUUCGUAUCAUACGUUACUCGUUUGUCGCUCUGUUUAUGAAUUAUCCAUCAUUCCACACGGGCGGUCGUCACGUGGCAAAUUUCUUUGGUUUCGAUCACAAAGAGUACGUUGUUGGUAUUCUUCGUACUUUUCCUGCAAAUUUUCCGGAGGUUCUACGGUAUCAACCACCGGUUGCUUUGCUGGCGACGAUGGUUCGUCAAUUGACAAAUAUUGAUAAGAAAGGAAUGCAGCGAAAUAUUGAGAGAUGUCAAUACGUAGAGGAGAGACUGCCAGAGACAAUUCAAAUGCCAGGAUCGAAAGCAAACGUGAAGGCUUAUUGGCUCUUUCCAAUUAUUGUGAGAGAUCCUGAUGCUUACAUCAAGCAGUUGAAUUUCCUUGGAGUAGACGCAUAUCGAGGUGCCACUCAACUGACGUACGUUGAACCAAGACCGGGCAGCGUCCACGGCUCGACCGACCGAGACAGCAAGUUGGAUGCAAAAAAGGUGUUGGGAGUGCAUGAGGAAAAGGCAUCAAAUGUGUUGGGUAUGGCAGGAUCGCUGACCGGCGACGUUCAAGGCUCUCAGAGCAAGGACACUGUAGUUGAGCCAGAUCCGUUGGACACCUUGUUAUCAGACUGGAUUGGUUAUGUUCAAUCAGCUGAAGGCUAUCCGCAUAAAGCUCGGUAUCUUAUCGAGCACGUUGUCUACUUGCCGGUGCACAAACUGGUGCCGAUCGAUCAACUGCAGAAGAUAUGUGAUGCAUUGGUAGAUGCCGCUAAGGCGAUUGAUGGAACAAAGUGUGACGUGUCAUCAAAGUUGUAGUCGACUGAAUUUAGAUUUGGUGGAGAUUACAAGAGAGUAUGUGCUUUAUAUGUAGAGUGUGAAGCAGGCUUGGUUUAUUGACAGUACCAUUGAAGAUGCUUUGAGUGUGUCAUGAAAUUGAGAAUAUUUAUGAUGGAUCUAUGGAUUGUUGUGAGAUGAUGUAUAUUGCAGGUGA